AUGUCGUUGUCAUACGUUGUUUCACAUUGCCGUGGUAGCAUUUCUAGCUACAACAUGGGAUUUGGGAACGACAAGUGACAGUGUGAUGACUGUAUAUCAAGUUUAGUGUGAACAACAGUGUAGAAAAUAACAGUUUAUGUCCUAGAUCUGUAUUUCUGCCGGAGGUUGGCGGGGGCGAACAGAAGUCACGAUGGUGAAAGAGCAGUUUAGAGAGACUGAUGUGGCCAAAAAAAUAAGCCACAUCUGUUUUGGGAUGAAGUCGGCUGAACAGAUGAGACAGCAGGCUCAUAUCCAAGUGGUCAGUAAGAACCUGUACAGCCAGGACACCAGCCAUACUCCUCUACCAUAUGGGGUACUGGAUCAUCGCAUGGGCACCAGUGAGAAGGAUCGUCCUUGUGAGACGUGUGGGAAGAACCUGGCUGACUGUCUGGGACACUAUGGGUAUCUGGACCUGGAGAUGCCCUGUUUUCAUGUGGGCUAUUUCAAAGCCACCAUUGGAAUCCUACAGAUGAUCUGUAAGACGUGUUCUCACAUCAUGCUGACCAAAGAGGAGAAACUACAGUUCAUGGAUGUGUUGAAGAGGCCAGGCCUAGCGUACCUCCAGAAACGAGGAAUGAAGAAGAAGAUAUCCGACAAAUGCCGCAAAAGGACAUUGUGUCUCAAUUGCUCCACGUUAAAUGGACCAGUGAAGAAGUGUGGCUUGCUGAAGAUCCUCCACGAGAAAUACAAGACAACCAAGAAAGUGGUGGACACUGUAGUAUCAGACUUUCUCAACUCAUUCGAUAUCGCAAUAGAACACAACAAGGAAGUGGAGGGCUUGCUUAACAGGGCUCAGGAGAACCUGAGUCCUCUAGUGGUGCUGAACCUCUUCAGGAGGAUACCAGCGGAGGACAUUCCCCUGCUCCUGAUGAACCCUGAGGCAGGUAAGCCUGCAGACCUCAUCCUCACCCGCCUGCUGGUACCCCCGCUCUGCAUCCGCCCCUCUGUCAUCUCAGACCUCAAGUCAGGUACUAAUGAGGAUGACCUCACCAUGAAGCUCACAGAGAUCAUCUUCCUCAAUGACGUCAUCAAGAAGCACCGUAUGUCAGGGGCCAAGACCCAGAUGAUCAUGGAGGACUGGGACUUCCUCCAGCUGCAAUGUGCUCUCUACAUCAACAGUGAGCUCUCUGGCAUCCCCCUCAACAUGGCCCCUAAGAAGUGGACCAGAGGCUUCGUUCAGAGACUCAAGGGCAAACAAGGGCGAUUCCGUGGAAACCUCUCCGGGAAGAGAGUGGAUUUCUCUGGGAGAACGGUCAUCUCUCCGGACCCCAACCUGCGGAUUGAUGAGGUGGCUGUCCCUGUGCACGUAGCCAAAAUCCUGACCUACCCAGAGAAGGUGAACAAGGCCAACUUGGAGAUGCUUAGGAAGCUGGUGCGGAGCGGUCCAGAGGUCCACCCUGGAGCCAACUUCAUCCAGCAACGACACACGCAGAUGAAGAGGUUUCUGAAGUACGGGAACCGAGAGAAGAUGGCCCAGGAGCUGAGGUUUGGAGACGUGGUGGAGAGACACAUGAUCGAUGGAGACAUCGUCCUCUUCAACCGACAGCCCUCUCUACACAAACUCAGCAUCAUGGCUCAUAUUGCCAAAGUGAAGCCUCACAGAACGUUCCGGUUUAACGAGUGUGUGUGCACGCCGUACAACGCUGACUUUGACGGGGAUGAGAUGAACCUUCACCUUCCCCAGACAGAGGAGGCCAAGGCUGAAGCCCUGGUGCUGAUGGGGACCAAAGCCAACCUGGUGACCCCCAGGAACGGAGAGCCUCUGAUUGCUGCUAUUCAAGACUUUCUGACAGGAGCCUACCUGUUGACCCUGAAGGACACAUUCUUCGAUAGGUCUAAAGCCUGCCAGAUAGUGGCCUCUAUCCUGGUGGGGGUGGAUGAGAAGAUCAAGAUAGCUCUCCCACACCCUGCCAUACUCAAGCCCAUGACCCUGUGGACAGGGAAGCAGAUCUUUGGUCUGAUCCUGAAGCCCAGUAAGGCCUGUCCAGUCAAGGCCAACCUGAGGACCAAGGGGAAACAGUACAGUGGGAAAGGAGAGGACCUCUGCAGCAACGACUCCUGUGAGUUCCUCCCCAUGCCUCUCUAUUUACUGAUGCUGUUUACUUCCACCUAUGAUAAUGCUUUGAACAUGCUCAAUACUAAAGGCGUUGUCAUACUUUACCAUGCUUGUUUUAGUUUUCCCGUUGCACAGCAUUUGUUUCCAGUGUGCCCUACUGAACAUGACUGUUAUAAACCCUAUGCAGCCAACCGGGGUUUCUCCAUCGGUAUUGGUGACGUGACCCCAGGCCAGGGUCUGCUGAAGGCCAAACAGGACCUGCUGGAUGGAGGCUAUGCCAAGUGUGACGAGUACAUCGAGGCCCUGAAGACGGGCAAACUGCAGCAACAGCCAGGCUGCACGGCUGAGGAGACACUGGAGGCCCUCAUCCUGAAGGAGUUGUCUGUUAUCAGAGACCAUGCCGGCAGCGCCUGCCUCAGAGAACUGGACAAGACCAAUAGUCCUCUGAUUAUGGCUCUGUGUGGCUCCAAAGGAUCCUUCAUCAACAUCUCCCAGAUGAUCGCCUGCGUGGGCCAGCAGGCUAUAAGCGGCUCUCGAGUGCCCGACGGCUUUGAGAACCGCUCGCUGCCUCACUUUGAGAAGCACUCUAAACUUCCUGCAGCUAAAGGGUUUGUAGCUGACAGCUUUUAUUCAGGCCUGACGCCGACGGAGUUCUUUUUCCACACUAUGGCUGGUCGAGAGGGCUUGGUGGACACCGCUGUUAAAACAGCAGAGACCGGAUACAUGCAGAGGCGUCUGGUCAAGUCGUUGGAGGACCUGUGUUCCCAGUAUGAUCUGACGGUACGGAGCUCCACUGGUGACAUCAUCCAGUUUGUCUGGGGGGACGGCCUGGACCCGGCCGCCAUGGAGGGGAAAGAUGAGCCGUUGGAGUUCAACAGAGUUCUGGACAACAUCCGGUCUGUCCAUACGUGUUCUGAGCAGCCAGCCCUUAGUAAGAAUGAGUUGGUCCUGACAGCAGAGUCCAUCAUGAAGAGGAGUGACUUCAAGUGCUGCCGAGACAGCUUCCUCGAGGAGAUCAAAAAGUUCAUCAAGGCUACAUCCGAGAAAAUCAAGAAGACCAGGGACAAAUACGGCAUCAACGACAAUGGCACCACUGAGCCCAGAGUUCUGUAUCAGUUGGACCGCAUCACUCCCAGCCAGCUAGAGAAGUUUCUGGAGACCUGCAGGGACAAGUACAUGAGAGCUCAGAUGGAGCCGGGCUCAGCAGUAGGAGCCCUGUGUGCCCAGAGCAUUGGGGAGCCUGGCACCCAGAUGACCCUGAAAACCUUCCACUUUGCUGGGGUAGCCUCCAUGAACAUCACCCUGGGGGUCCCACGCAUCAAGGAGAUCAUCAACGCCUCCAAGAACAUCAGCACACCUAUAAUCAGCGCUCACUUGGAUGUGGACGACGACGCAGACUUCGGCCGUCUGGUGAAAGGGAGGAUUGAAAAGACCCUUCUGGGAGAGAUUUCAGAGUACAUUGAAGAGGUGUUUCUGCCAGACGACUGUUUCAUUCUGGUCAAGCUGUCACUGGAGAGGAUCAGACUGCUACGGCUAGAGGUGAAUGCAGAGACAGUCCGCUACUCUAUCUGCAUGUCUAAGCUGAGAGUGAAGCCUGGAGACAUAGCUGUACACGGGGAGGCAGUGGUCUGUGUAUCUCCCAGGGAAAACAGCAAGAGCUCCAUGUACUACGUCCUCCAGUCUCUAAAGGAUAACCUGCCCAAGGUGGUGGUACAGGGUAUCCCUGAGGUCUCCAGAGCUGUCAUUCACAUCGACGAGCAGACCGGCAAGAACAAGUACAAGCUGCUGGUUGAGGGAGACAACCUACGCAGUGUCAUGGCAACCCACGGUGUCAACGGCAACAGGACCACCUCAAACAACACCUAUGAG